AGUCGUUAUUACGUUUUCGUUUAUAUAACAUCAUCGAUCGCCGGUAUAUGGCCGUACCUCAAGCCAAGAACAAAAUUAUUUCGCAUCUCGCUGCUGCUACUGACUACAUUGACUGUGAUAAUCGCGCAGGCUGGGUUUCAAUAUAUGUGCAAACUAAGACUGCAAUGUACGGCUCAGAAUUUUGCAACAUGUACAGUCCCAAUUCUAGUCAUAAUAAUGAUGUACACCAUUCAGUCAAACGCUCGCACAAUCAAAACUCUCACGGAACAUUUGUUCAUUGACUGGGAAGAAUUAAAAAGUACUGAAGAAUAUGAUAUUAUGAAAUCAUAUGCCAAAAACAGUAGACGAUUAUUUCUAUUCUUUUUUGGUUAGGAUUAUCAAUGAAUAAUUUCUGUAAGGUUGUUGUAUAAACUCUGUCUAAAUUGUAAUUAUGGAAAAUCUUUCACGUAAUUUAUUUUCAACAUUGCAGCGCAUUGUUUUUUAACGAUGUGUAUAAUUAUGUUGAUGUCUCUUAUGUCAUUUAUACUCGAUAUCGUAUUACCUCUCAAUGAAUCCCGUCCGGUACUCUUGCCGUAUCCAUCAUAUUACUUCGUGGAUGCUGAAGAAUAUGUUUUUCAAAUCUUUUCACAUACUAUUGUGGCUUGGUUCUUUCUUGGAAUUGGAAUAAUGGCUCACGAUGGCAUGUUCAUUACUUAUAUCGAGCAUAUUUGUAGCUCGUUUGCUGUGAUCGGAUAUCGCUUCGAACAUUUAUUCUCUAAUGAAGCAAAGGGAAUUGUCAAGCUUGUUCAGAUGAUGAAUGCUGCAAGAGAGUUGCGUGCUUUGUGGUUAAACAUCAAAAAACUUUAGAAAUGGCACAACUUGUCGAAGACGUUUUUAAUAUACCUAACAUUCUGCAACUGUUCCUGAUAACAGUGGGAUUAAGCCUGACCUUGUUACAGAUUGCGCAACACGAAGACAAUAUUUUGGAAAUAGUAAGAUACAUGAGUUUUAUUUCUGUUCAAAUGACACGGUUAUUCAUCUUCAGUUUCGAAGGACAAAAGCUGAUAGAUCACAGUCUUCAGAUACGCGACAGAAUGUAACGUGUUUUAGCGAAUCUUAAUAUUUGAAAUAAUAUUGUAUGUACUGUUAUCCGCAAUCGAGAUUUGUGUGCUAGUAAAAUACUGUAGAUACAAUAGCUCUUGGUACAAUGUAUCCGCGAAAUCACGAGAGUUGGUUAUGAUGGUGAUGAUGAAGAGUCUUCGGCCUAGUUUCGUUAGUGCCGGCAAAAUUUACAUUUUCUCUCUGAAGAGUUUCAUCACGGUAAAGCAAGAAUUAUCAAAACCGUUAGCUCGCAAAUUUUUUAAUGACAUGUCAUGAUCUUGUUUCGAAGGUUGUACAAGCAUCGAUAUCAUAUUUUGCGAUGCUCUCAUCUUUUCACUAGGUCACGUUAUUUCUCUGCGACCGACAAGGAUGGUGUUAAUAUUGUAUAGAAUAAAUGAUUAUAAUCAUGUAAUAUAAUAUAUAUAUAUAUAUAUAUUACUAUAAUAAAAAAUCAAAUAAAACAACAUCUACAAUCAUUAUUAAUAUUUCGUUUAAGGAAGAUCGUCCGUCAUCGGUAUGUGACUGAUCUGAAGUUAAGAACAAGGACAUUUCGCAUUUUAUUUUAUUAAAGUUUCUAGUAACUAAAUUUUGAAAAUAUUGUUUCAUUGUAUAACAAUUAUGUAGUGUUUUAUUCCAAAUGUAAUUUGUACGCAUACUUGACGCACAAUUGCUGCAAGAUUUCUUUUUUUUGACUGUGCAGAAAAGGUGAUGUUGAUCCGGAAUUCCUAUGCAAAAAGAAAUGUUCUAAUGAGUGAUAUUUUGUCCGAUGGGCGGUUGCAGAAUAAUGUGCCCAUCAGUCGAAUUUCGCUCUUUUUCAUAUAUUCAAUUAAGAAACUUUCAGGUAAAAAAUAGACGAUCCAUAUGUAGUUGCUUAAUUUACUUCAAUAUAGCUUUUGUGUGCUUUUCCAUGUUUUCAUUUAUUUCUUAUAUUCCAGUAGUGAGUGUAUGGAGAAUUAUCUUAAUACAAUAAAAUUCAAUAGAUAUUAUCGAAUCUCUUAAUCACAUAAAUAUGCGCGUAUGUAUAAAGAAAUAUACAUGUGUCGUAAAUUUUGCUGUUGCAAACUAAAUAAAAUAAUAAAAGUGUUUUUAGGUUUUUAAUAUCUCUGCCACAGUAUGUAAGUAAUAAAUUAAAACGGAGUAUUUAAUUUAUUAAAAUGUUUUGUAAGAAAAUGCGCUUUUAAAGUAUUUUCUUUAUUUUAUGUAACAUCUCUUGAAUAUUUUAACUUACUUGUACGUUCCACAUGUAUCGGAUUCACACGCGAUCCUUCUGAAUGUAUCAUCGAAGUAUCAUCUUAAAUGCUGGACUUUUUACGUUUGUAUAAAUGGAGCGGUAGUGCUAAAAGGGUCUAUAGGGAGAAAGUAAUCAUACUCGAAUCGAUAUACUCUGAUUAUAGAGAACUUGCAAUGUACUUUAUCUAUCAAUAAAGUGGUGCUGUCCCCCAGCGCUAUAGUCAAAUAAAUACUAUCUUUGAUAUUCUCAAGAGCUUUACGGAUCAUUCAUUGAUGGACGUGAUGCAUAAAGUCAUUCUGUGAAAAUUGCCACGUUGUACAGCAAUUCUACCGCGAGGGAUAUGUCUAUAAUUUUAACGCGUAACAUAAGGAAGGAACAACCAGCCCCAUGAAAGUAUUGGACUAUUCUUAUUACCUCGCAGUGUCGUAGGUGCAGUUUUCUUAGGAGAUAAAAGAUGGAAGUCACUCACAAUCAUUAUUAUGAUAUUGUUUAUAAAAUAUCGUCGCUCACUGGUAUGUGGCCAUAUCUGAAACCAAGAACAAGAAUAUUCCGUGUUACUCUGUUAACUUUAGUCUCAUUGACUAUAAUUAUCCCAGAGAUAGCGUAUCAAUGUAUGUGCAAGAACAUGCAGUGCACUUUUCAGGCAAUGACAGCGUACUUGCUGUCAGCUGUAUCUUUGUUGAAGAUGUACACAUUUCAAAUAAAUAUUCGUACAAUCAGAAGCCUCACAGAACACUUGUUUACCGACUGGAAGGAAUUAAGGACUCCCGAAGAGUAUGAAAUUAUGAAGUCGUAUGCCGAGAAUAGUAGACGAUUUUCUUUGAUCUAUUUAGUAUAUUGUUUCCUAGCAGUAGUUAUAUUUAUGUCAAUGUCUCUCGUACCUUAUAUACUGAAUAUCGUGCGGCCCCUCAAUCAAUCCCGUCCCAUACUACCACCGUAUCGGGGAUACUAUUUCAUAGACAGUCAGGAGCACUUCUUUCAAAUUCUUUGGCACUCUAUCGUGGGCUGGGAAGUAGUCGUGGCUGCUGUAGUCGCCCACGAUAGCUUGUUUGUGACUUACGUGGAGCAUAUCUGCAGCAUGUUCGCUCUGAUCGGGUUCCACUUUGAACAUUUAUUUCAUAAUAAUAAUGGAACUGUGAAAAUUUUAAACGCUGAUUCGAGAGAUGUGGAUCACAAAAAAAUUGCGUUUUUUGUGCAUAGACAUCGAGAAAUUUUAGAGUGUGCACAACAUCUUGAAGAUAUUUUUACUUUUCCUUUCGCUAUUCAGAUAUUAAUAGUAACGGUAGGAAUGAGCAUUACCCUGCUACAAAUUACGCAGCAGAACGACGAUUAUUUAGAAGCAACAAGGUACGUGUUCUAUGUUAUUGCAGAAAUGAUCCACUUGUUCUUCCUCAGCUUGGAGGGACAGAAGCUGAUAGAUCACAGUUUUCAGAUACGCGAUAGAAUAUAUCACAGCUCCUGGUACAACGUAUCAACGAAAUCACAGAAGAUGGCCAUGAUUGUGAUGGCGAGGAGUCGUCGGCCGGCUUUCUUCAGCGCUGGGAAGGUUUACAUUUUCUCUCUGGAGAGCUUCACCACGACUAUGAGUUCUACCUACAGCCAAUAUUACGAUGUCAUUAAGAAGGUGUCAUCGUUGGCUGGUCAAUGGCCUUACCAGACACCACGUACAAGGCUGUUCUGCGUGAGUUUAAUUACUCUGAACACGUUGUCUGUGAUCGUUUUGCAGAUGGUCAACUUCGUCAAAUGCGACGGAAACUUGCAUUGCAUCUUCGAAACUAUGACAUCAUACACGUUAACGUUUGUAACAUUAGUGAAACUGUUUACGUGUUAUUUUAACCGAUGUAAAAUAAAAGCUCUUAUCGAUCAUUUCUUCAACGAUUGGGACAAACUAGAGACUCCAGAAGAGUACGAAAUUAUGGAAACAUAUGCCAAGAAUGGUAGGCGAUACUCCAUGGGGUACUCGUUGUACUGUUUUGCAUGUUUGGCCUUGUUUAUGUGUGCGUCUCUCAUACCGCAAUUGUUGAAUGUCGUAUUACCCCUCAACGAAUCUCGCCCUGUACUGCCCCCAUAUCCGGGACAUUACUUCGUCGACGAAGAAGAGUAUUUUCUACAUAUUUUCUGCCAUUCUAUCGUGGCCUGGGAAAUCGCCAUGACCGGGAUCGUUGCUCACGACUGCAUGUUUUUAAGUUGUGUCGAACAUGGUUGCAGCAUCUUCGCUGUAGCCGGAUUUCGAUUUGAACGGUUAAUUUACGAGGACACACCCAUGAAAGUUUUACGUACUCAUUGGAGUGAUUCUUACUGUAAACGUAUUGUGUUCUCGGUACAUACACAUCAAGAAGCUGUAAAGUUCGCUCAGUUUCUUGAAGACAUAUUUUCAUUAUCGCUGGCCAUACAAGUGGGUCUAAAUACAGUAGUAAUUAGCAUUACUCUGUUACAAAUCACGCAUCAAAAUUCUGAUACGUUAGAGUCGUCGAGGUACAUAGUAUACAUUGCUGGUCAAUUGAUUCAUCUGUUCUACCUCAGUUUCGAAGGACAGAAGUUAAUAGAUCAUAGUCUUCAAAUGUGCAACAAAAUUUAUAAUGGUUCUUGGUACGAAUUACCUAUAAAAUCACAAAAAUUGAUGUUGUUGGUGAUGAUGAAGAGUUUCCGACCGUGUUGCGUAAGCGCCGGCAAAAUAUAUAUUUUUUCCCUGCAAGGCUUCUGCACGGUAAAAUUGUACAGGCGUCAGUGUCGUACUUUACGAUGCUCGCAUCUUUUCAGUAACUCAUUAUUCCUGACAGUUAGCAAUUAUGUGGCGACACUAAUAUUUUACAUAUACAAUACAAUAAAUCACACGCUUUCAAUUCUGAUAUUAUAAUAAUGUGCAUUUGGUAAUGUAUGAAUUAUUUAUAGUUUGUAUACUGAUACUGAUAUUACAUCGAAAACACAGAACACAUUCUCAAUAUAUUUAUUAUAGUAUUAUUUCUUAACUGUAUACGUAAAAUUCAUAAUCUGUUAUUUU